CUUUGCAGUCCCUAUGGUUCCUACAUAGGUGGGCAGCGAAGGUACCGGAGCGAGCUGGUGUUUGCGACUUCCACCGUCUCCCGGGCCCUGGGGCGGAGAAGUCAAAGUCUUAAACGGAAGGCUGGAGCCAGACAGUUGAACUCAGAUAUCUGGGAACGUUUUUGCCCCGUGAAAGACCUCCUGGGACUUGUCUUACUUCGGGAAACGGAGAUCUCGAGACUGACAGCUGCCGGAAGUGAGGCUGUGGGGAUGGCCGCCGCGACGACCAUGGCGGCAGCGGCCCGGGAGCUGGUGUUGCGGGCUGGAGCCUCGGAUAUGGAGGAGGAGGAGGGCCCGCUGGGUCCAGGAGUCCAAGAGCCCCUACAACUUGGGGAGUUGGAUAUCACUUGUGAUGAAUUCAUCCUGGAUGAAGUGGAUGUUCACAUCCAGGCGAAUCUGGAGGAUGAGUUAGUGAAGGAAGCUCUCAAAACGGGUGUGGAUCUCCGACACUAUUCAAAGCAAGUGGAGCUGGAGCUACAGCAGAUUGAGCAGAAAUCCAUCCGGGAUUACAUCCAAGAGAGUGAGAACAUAGCAUCUCUGCACAACCAGAUCACAGCCUGCGAUGCUGUCCUGGAGCGCAUGGAGCAGAUGCUGGGAGCUUUUCAGAGUGACCUCAGCUCCAUCAGCUCUGAGAUCCGGACCCUGCAGGAACAGUCAGGAGCCAUGAACAUUCGACUUCGUAAUCGACAAGCAGUUCGGGGGAAACUUGGGGAGCUUGUAGAUGGGCUGGUUGUGCCCUCUGCUCUGGUCACGGCAAUUCUAGAAGCUCCAGUGACAGAGCCCAGGUUCCUGGAGCAGCUGCAGGAGCUGGACGCCAAGGCAGCUGCAGUCAGAGAGCAGGAGGCACGAGGCACAGCUGCCUGUGCAGACGUCAGAGGCGUGCUUGACCGGCUCCGGAUCAAGGCAGUGACGAAGAUCCGAGAGUUCAUCCUCCAGAAGAUCUAUUCCUUCAGAAAGCCAAUGACCAACUAUCAGAUCCCGCAGACGGCCCUGCUGAAGUACAGGUUCUUCUAUCAGUUCCUGCUGGGCAAUGAACGAGCAACAGCAAAGGAGAUCCGGGACGAGUACGUGGAGACGCUGAGCAAGAUCUACCUGUCCUACUACCGCUCGUACCUGGGGCGGCUUAUGAAAGUGCAGUAUGAGGAAGUCGCCGAGAAGGACGAUCUGAUGGGUGUGGAAGACACAGCAAAGAAAGGAUUCUUCUCCAAGCCAUCCCUCCGCAGCAGGAACACCAUCUUUACCCUGGGCACCCGGGGUGCCGUCAUCUCCCCCACUGAGCUUGAGGCCCCCAUCCUGGUCCCCCACACUGCCCAGCGGGGAGAGCAGAGGUAUCCGUUUGAAGCUCUCUUCCGCAGCCAGCACUACGCCCUCCUAGACAAUUCCUGCCGUGAAUAUCUUUUCAUCUGUGAAUUUUUUGUUGUGUCCGGCCCAGCUGCGCAUGACCUAUUCCAUGCUGUCAUGGGCCGCACCCUCACCAUGACCCUGAAGCACUUGGAGUCCUAUCUGGCCGACUGCUACGAUGCCAUUGCUGUUUUUCUCUGUAUCCACAUUGUUCUCCGAUUCCGAAACAUUGCAGCAAAGAGGGACGUUCCUGCCCUGGACAGGUACUGGGAGCAGGUGCUUGCCUUGCUGUGGCCUCGGUUUGAGCUGAUCCUGGAGAUGAACGUCCAGAGUGUCCGAAGCACUGACCCCCAGCGCCUCGGGGGGCUGGACACUCGGCCCCACUAUAUCACACGCCGGUACGCCGAGUUCUCCUCUGCGCUUGUCAGCAUCAACCAGACCAUUCCCAAUGAGCGUACCAUGCAGCUGCUGGGACAACUACAGGUGGAGGUGGAGAAUUUUGUCCUCCGAGUGGCUGCUGAAUUCUCCUCCAGGAAGGAGCAGCUUGUGUUUCUGAUCAACAACUAUGACAUGAUGCUGGGUGUGCUGAUGGAGAGGGCUGCAGAUGACAGCAAAGAGGUGGAGAGUUUCCAGCAGCUGCUCAAUGCUCGGACACAGGAGUUCAUUGAAGAGUUGCUGUCCCCGCCCUUCGGGGGUCUGGUGGCAUUUGUGAAGGAGGCCGAGGCUUUGAUUGAGCGUGGACAGGCUGAGCGCCUUCGAGGGGAAGAAGCCCGGGUAACUCAGCUGAUCCGUGGCUUUGGUAGUUCCUGGAAAUCCUCGGUGGAGUCUCUGAGUCAGGAUGUAAUGCGGAGCUUCACUAACUUCAGAAACGGAACCAGCAUCAUCCAGGGAGCACUGACCCAGCUGAUCCAGCUCUAUCAUCGCUUCCACCGGGUGCUGUCCCAGCCACAGCUCCGAGCCCUCCCGGCCAGGGCUGAGCUCAUCAACAUUCACCACCUCAUGGUGGAGCUCAAGAAGCACAAGCCCAACUUCUAACGUGCUGGAGUUCGUCCUGAGAUCUGCCAGCCUUCCCUGUGGACUCCGCACCCCGUCUCAGACCUCUUAUCUCCUGGGGUCCCCCUUUCUGCUUCCUGUUGUCUUCCGGGUCUUUGUUACACCUUGCCCAGCUCUGUUGCCAGGACUCUGCCUCAACAGACUGAGCCUUCUGAGCCUCUGUGCCCACAACCACCUCUCCCGGGGCUUCCAAAGCAACCUCUGUUAUCCCAGUUCUGCUACCUCCUGCUGUUGGUACACACCCAGAGGAAGCCUUCCCUGUCUCAGCCUCUGGCUCAAGUCACAUCACCAUGCCCUGCAGCAUGAACCCUCAGUUCUUGGUGGCAGUGCAGGCUGCAUCCAAAAAUUCAAAGUAAUUCUUUUCUGUAGCUUUCUGAUCUCAGCUCUCAACAACUUGAACACUAACCCUCACCGUCUGGCUGGAGCACGACUCCAAGGUCAGUCUGUAGGCAAUAGUAAGUAUUUAAAAUGAUAUGACAGCCUC